AUGACAAACCAACCUGAAAUUCAAUUCCAAGCCCUUGAACAACAAAUCAUUUCAUAUACUAUUUUGGCGAUCAAGCAACUUGUUGUGUUAACCCAAUCUUCCCUCCCAAUCCUUAUUAAAUUUAGUCAAACCCAACCAACACUCUUCUUCAUUAUUGCUAUCUUUUUAAUUAUCUAUUUUUCAUGGAAAGUGAUCACUAACAUCAUUACGAUCGUGAAAAGGUUAAUAUUUGGCCUUAUGAUUGUCAGUGUCAUUUUGAUUUCUCUCCGUGGACUAGAUCAAUUCUUUAAUUACGAUUUAGUAUACUUAUUUCAGUUGGUUAAACAAGGCCAAAGACACGGAGUAGUUCUUAUUAAAUGGGUUGAUUAUUUGAAGGAAAUGAUGAAGUUGCCUGAAACCACUCCUAAUUAG